AUGAAGCCGGCUGCCUCUGAAAAUCAGUCGGCGACUUCCAAUUUGGUUGCCCAGGCCAAAGCCAUAGGCCAAAAGCGAUUAGUUAAGGUCAGUUACGUUUUAUAGAUUCACUUGUGUUAUAGGCAACACUAACAGUUAUUUUGGGUUGAGUUUACAGUGAUUUAGCGAGUUUGUUGAACAAUUCUUCUUGAUCAUAGUUUUAAAACUUACUUAAACAAUGAUUUUAGGAACUUGAGCAUUUCAAAAAGCACUUUCUCGUGGUCACAAAACAAGUUCAGAUUCUGAGUUCUGAUAGCAAGGUCUGGGCUCUUCUAAUAGCACCGGUAGGUCUAUUUAGGCAUCUUACUCUGUGUCUAAUAUACUGUUGUACACUGUUUUAUUGCAUUAAAAUGUGAGUUCCUUACACUAUUAUUAAGCUGUCUAUUUGACUGAUAACAUCUGGUUAGAAAUAACACAAAUGUUGUACUUUGUUAUGUUUAGCAAGAUCCUCCGUACAGUGAAGGCAAGUUCAAGAUAAGCCUAGAGUUCGGCCCAGAGUACCCCUUUAAGCCUCCGCGUAUCAGCUUCCUAACCCCCAUCUACCAUCCCAAUGUCAAUGCCAAAGGCGAUGUCUGUCUGACAUUAUUGGCAAUCGAAAACUGGAAGCCGGCGGUUACUUUGGCUACAGGUAAGCGUCAACUAUAGAUGAAGGCUAGAAUAUUAACUAUGCUAUAUCACAUUAUGAAUAUGUCAACAGCACUUUUAUAUGACAAUGACUACAGUAGCUUAACCAUGAUCACAACCUUGAAUGAAUACAACAUCAUUGUAGUCAAAAUUAAUCAUUUUUCAGUGAUAAGCUCUCUGAUCUCGUUGAUCAACAACCCCGAGCCCGAGAGAGGACUGUCCCUAGAGAUCGUGGCCGAGUAUGUUAACGUAAGUAUUAUUGUAUGUUACUGUAUCUAUGAUGUCUUGCCAUUUCAAAGCUAUCAAAUUACAGUACAGUAAUUUCAGAAGCACGAUCAGUUUCUUCAAAAGGCUAAAGAGAAGUCGGCCGAAGCCAAAGGAUGA